AUGCCCUCCUUCGCACCCGACCACAACUCGCCAAUCUACCAGCGUUCCCCCGCCGUCGUACACCUCAACCCUGCCGGCCAAUACGGGCAACCCAACGGCAAGGUCGAUGAACACCCGCUUCCUCGUCACUCCCAUUCUCACACGUCAAUCGAGAGCUUCGACGACGAGGGUUCAAGCCAAUCGACACACACUUCUACAGUAGACGAUUCGGACAUCACGACACGGUUGAAUGGGGACAGUCUGCGACGACAUUCCAACAUGACCUCUUCGCCAAAUGGAGGUCUCGAUGGCGAUGUGGACGGGAUUAAUGGGAAACUACAUGGGAUGAACUUGAACGGGGUCGACGGGAGCGCCAGGCUGGGCGGGCAUCAAGUCACGAAAAGCGGGAAGCCGCACCCAAACGGCAGGUUUCCCAUCGCCAUUCCGGACCGGACAAUCCCGUCGUCGAACUCGGCUCGUCCAACUCCGGACGGUCAAACGACAAACGACCAAAAGGGUGCCUUCUCGCGGGCCUCCCUGGGCUCUGCCAACAGUGUUUCAAUUCAAACUCCACCGACGGAGAUGCCCUUGCGUCCUGUCAACAGGGGAGACGUUCGCACCGUCGAGAAUGGGACGCCCACGCCUCCCGCCCACCAGACUCCCAAUGGAUACUUUCCAUCAUCACCACCAGCUCAGCAGCGCGAUUUGGCACCUAACAGCCCUCCUUCACCGCAUCGUUACUCGUCGCCGCCCUUGUACAACCCUGCAGCACCCAUCUCAGCCUCCACCAGUGCCCUCGCACCGCCACCCGGUCCCGGUAUUAAACAUCGCCAUACCCUCGAAGUUCCUAAACCUUCGGCUCCUCGUGGAUCCAAGGACGGCUUCGAUGCUGCUCACGCGACCGGUCGCUUCUCACCAACUGGCGUUGCUGGCGUACGUAGGGCGUCACUGAAUAUUGCUAGAAGAAACACACAAUCUCUCCACUCGGAAAUGCCUCGCGACGAAGUUGUGCCCGAUGACGACGCAUUGCGAUGGGCCGAAGUCUACAGGGAGAAACGGGCCAGCAAGAGGAGGAGGAAAGAUGCCGAAGACGACGACCGGGUUUUGGUUGGCACCAAGGUCGACGAGAAACAUGCCAAUUGGGUCACAGCCUACAACAUGCUGACCGGCAUCCGAGUCUCGGUAUCGCGAACGAAUGCCAAGCUUGACCGCCCGCUGACGGACGCUGACUUUGAGGCAAAGCAAAAAUCCACCUUUGACAUUGCCGGGAACGAGCUGGUUCCCUCCGCCAAGUAUGACUUCAAGUUUAAGGACUAUGCGCCUUGGGUUUUCCGACAUCUCCGCACACGCUUCGGCCUGGAUCCAGCAGAUUAUCUCAUGUCACUGACGGGCAAGUAUAUACUAUCCGAACUUGGUUCUCCUGGCAAGAGCGGCAGUUUCUUUUACUUUUCUCGAGACUACAAGUACAUCAUCAAGACCAUUCACCACGCCGAGCAUAAGUUUCUUCGCAAGAUCCUCAAGGACUAUUUCAAGCAUGUUACCGAAAACCCCAACACCCUUCUCUCGCAAUUCUACGGCCUGCACCGGGUCAAGAUGCCGUAUGGCAAGAAGAUUCACUUCGUCGUCAUGAACAACCUCUUCCCUCCGCACCGGGACAUCCACGAGACCUUCGAUUUGAAGGGUUCAACAAUUGGUCGCGACUACAGGGAGGAAGAUCUCGACAAGAAUCCAAGGGCAACAUUAAAGGACCUGAACUGGCUUCGACGACACCGACAUCUCGAACUCGGGCUUCAGAAGAAGAAGAAGUUCUUGGAGCAGCUCCAAAAGGAUAUUCGGUUGCUUCAGAAGCUACAGAUAAUGGAUUACUCUCUGCUCGUUGGUAUCCAUGAUCUCCAGCGAGGAAACGAGGAGAAUCUGCGGGACAAGACCCUGCGAAUCUUCAACCCUGGCGGUGACAACUCACGCGAAGACCCUAGCUCCGUCUUGAUGCGGACCCCAUCUAAGUUGGAGAAUGCGCGGAAGGCUAGGGAACUGCGGCAGAUGGUCAAGUCCGAGAGGCCAGUUCCUAUGGGAGAGACGAGCAACCGGAUGCCCGACGAACUUGAGCACAACCAGAGCCGCAUAGGCUUUGUUUUCAACCAGGAUGACGGAGGGUUCCGUGCAACCCAUGAGGACAACACCCCGGCGGAUGAGAUCUACUACCUCGGAGUGAUUGACUGCUUGACACACUACGGAAUCAUCAAGAAAAUGGAACACUUCUGGAAGGGCUUGUCGGGUGAUCGUAAUCAGAUUUCCGCCCUACCCCCUCACGAGUACGGCGAGCGAUUUAUCAACUUUAUCUCCGGCAUCACCAUGUCUUGCGAGGAAGCGAUUCGCGAAGCUCAGGAGAGAGACGCACAGAUGCAAGCAGAGGCAGCCUUGGCCGACCAACCACCGCCUCUACCCUCCGGUGUCCAGUCACCAGAAGCCGAGGCAACGGUACAAAGGGCGGAGCGUGAGGCGUACAAGACUGGCGUGUCAGAAGAGGACGUACCGACCAAGACGCUCCGGACGACGCUCUCCCCUGGCAGCAUCGAGCGCAGGGACAACAUCGCUAGCCAGGCCAGCAUUUUACCGGUGGUGGAGGAGGCUGCAGAGGGUCGGUCAUCCACCGAGCAACAUGUCCGCAACAGCCGGGUCAGCAACCUGGCUGGUGAAAGCGAGUACCGCCCUCCCACCCCUGUCAAGGACGGUGAAGAGAGACAGGCGGGAUUUGGCAACCCGCUCUUGAGGGGUCAUGCUCGCGACUACAGAGACCAUGGGCCACCACCACCAACACCGCCUAAGACAGGGUAUGGAUACGGAACAUCUCAGUCCCUGAAGGACGGCGCUGAUAGCGGGUAUAGCAUUGGUCUCAUGAACGGUAACAGCAACGGCAAAUCCGUCGACCUGAAGAGCUCCAGCGCCUCGCUCAGAUCCAACAAGAGCGGUCACCGAAUCAUCGGUCGGGAAAGCCUGGAUAAGGCCCUGCCCCCGCUCCCCUUCGGCGAUGCACAGACUCGGCCCCAAGGCGUGUCAUAGGACGACAACACUAUGACGGAGACGAAGAGCACGACGUCGGCGCUGGAGCUGGAGAUGGAGAUGGAUGGUUCGCCGGGUUCCUAGGAGUCACCGACGAAAUGUGCGCGAC